GCGCAGGCGCAGGGCCCGCCGCCGGCUCUGGCCUCCAUUCCAUUCGCAGGGACGGCAGGGGCGCCGCGUGAGGAGGAGACGCGCGGCCGCAGCACCGCCCGCCCCGCCCCGCCCCGGGCCGGUCACCGCCGGCACCAUGAAGAUCUGGACCUCGGAGCAUGUCUUCGACCACCCCUGGGAAACCGUGACAACAGCUGCUAUGCAGAAAUACCCAAAUCCCAUGAACCCUAGUGUGAUUGGAGUUGAUGUACUAGACAGACACGUAGACCCCAGUGGAAAGUUGCAUAGCCAUAGACUGCUCAGUACAGAAUGGGGGAUGCCUUCUAUCGUAAAAUCACUCAUCGGUGCUUGUAGAACAAAGACAUAUGUUCAGGAACACUCUGUAGUUGACCCUGUGGAAAAAACAAUGGAACUUAAGUCAAGUAACAUUUCAUUUACAAAUCUGGUAUCAGUAGAUGAGAGGCUUAUCUAUAAACCACAUCCUCAAGAGCCAGAAAAAACCAUUUUGACUCAAGAAGCAAUAAUCUCUGUGAAAGGUGUCAGUGUCAGCAGUUAUCUAGAAGGAUUAAUGGAAAACACUAUCUCUUCCAAUGCGAAUAAAGGCCGUGAAGCAUUGGAAUGGGUAAUCAGUAAAUUGAAUGCUGAAAUUGAGGAGUUCACAGCUUCAGCAAGAGGAAGCAUGAGGACUUCUAUGGCAGCGGCAGCAUUUGUGGAGAAAUAAUAGUGAAUACAGCUAUAUCAAUUAAUAGGUCUAAGUGAAAUAAGCAAACUAAAACUUCUCUCCAAGUUGAAAUAUAUUUAUUCUUAUAUUUGUUAUUUAAAGGCAUAUUUGUAUAUUAGGUAGUUUUUAAAUUAAAACUUGGAGAGAAGUUACAAAUUCUUGUGACUGAAGGUUAUGUGCUGGGGCUUCACUGACAUGUUAGUUCCAUUGGGCUGAACGUUUGUUUCAAAUGAAAUAACCUCCUAACAUUCAGAGCUCAUUCCUGUAUUUAAUGAACACUUAUAUAAAAUAGUUUUUAUCCUAGGUAAGGUCGCAGAUGUUGCAGGAGAUUGACAUGUUAGUGAAUCCUACUUGGGUGGAAUUUAGUGGUUUGAUUCAUGGACUCUACCUCUUUUGGGACCAAGCCCAUAAUUAAGCAAAAUGGCUUGUUCUAGCAAAGUUGGUGUUAUGUUUGUCUUGGGCAGUUGAAUGAUAUAACUUGAUUUAGAUGGAAGUUUUAUUACUUGAAGUCUGAAGUAUAAAUGAAUGUUUGUAUAAAAAUACUUGUUUUGAUAAACUGCUGUUAAAAAGUUAUUGGAUAGCUAAGCUAAAACGGUACUUUUAAAGUUAACUAUAUCCAUCAAACAGCAUCUUAAAACUCACAAUAAAAGUCAUAGUUUUGAAUAGUGUACUUACCUGCUGAGGCCCAAGUUCUGUCCUUAAAUAUGAAAUUGAGUGUUACAUGCCAAUAACUGGGGGAAGAAUUUAGCCCUAUGUGGCUUAUUUAUUUUUCGUCCACCAUCACAAUACAAAGGAAAACAACCUCUAUGUAGAAGGGUACUGUAACCACAUGUGCAUUUUAACAUGUAAUUUUGUAGACCAUUAAAGCUUCAUAGAAAAGUAGAAAUGUAUUUUGAAAUUCAGAAGAAAAACUUCCUUGAAGAUGUUAGAGGAACUUUAUAGAAUUGUAGAAGUGAGACUGAGAUACUUCCUCGUAUGUUUACAGGAGUUGUUACAUCGCUAAACAUGUUUAAAAUGUUGCCUAAUCAUGCUUCAAAAAUACUCUUUAAGCAUGGCAUCAUGGACUAUUUGGCUGUCCUUUAAUUUAAAAACAGUAUUUUGCAUUUAAUUUUCUAUGUAAUGCUUUGUGUGCCUCUUUUAUAUCUUAUUGAAAUGUCUGCUUACAAAGAAGGCUUUUGAAUGAAAGACAGGAAUCAGAAUUUAGAAGAGGGUUCGAUAAUCUUGUCUCUUGGUACUGGCCACAGAUUCUUGGUGCUGUCUCAUUCUUGAGUUCCCACAGCUUAUCAUUAACUGUCAGAUUUUUGCCAACUGUACUGAAGUCAAGUGCCAUAUUACUCUGCAGAUAAUUCCAUUGGAAUCAGUAAAUCAAUCUCAUAAAAUAAGGUCUUGUCUACACUGGCUUGCCUACAUGGUUUGUGUAGUCAUGGCACAGCUAAAAAACCCACUUCACGAGGGGCGUAGCUACCAGCGCUGGUGCACUGUCUAUACUGGUACGUUACAGUGCUGAAACUUGCAGUGCACAGGGGUGUUUUUUCACACCCCUGAGCGAGAAAGUUGCAGCACUGUAAAGUGCCAGUGUAGACAAAUCCUAACGCACCCUUCAGUGUGGGGGAAAAGUGCAAAAUGUAGCAUUAAAGAAACUGCACUAAUGAUUUACUGGUCGGAAAUCCUGAAUUCUGGUGCCAUAAGGGUCCAUUUGGCAUUUCAGACCUAAUCCUAAUCAUAUGUUGUUUUGUGUCGUUUUUCAGAAUAUUAGAUGUCACCUGUUUAGUAUUUUCUGUUAUAUGCCAUUUUUCUGUGAUACUAAAGUUGCAUAUUGAAUAUUGUGUGUUAGUGACACAAAACUAGAUCUUUUCUUAGUUUAACAGUGCUCAAUAUAGUGGGAACACAAACUUCAAUGAGAUUUUAUAUAGAAGAAAGACACUGUGUGUGUGUGUGUGUGUAAUGCAACAAAAUAAAAUUUACCUACUUAAAAUUUAAUAUUUUUUUCUACUUAAAACCUAUGAAGUUUUAAUUAGAGACUUUGUUAGUACAUUUGUAAAAGCAACUCAAAUCCAUUAGGGUUUGUGGCUUUUUUUUACACAUGGAGAUUGUUCAUACAACUGAAAUUAUAUUUCAACUAAAGAUUAGUAAAUGUUGCUACUUGAUAAAAUUUCUGUAGUCAUACUGUAUCUUGUGAUAAAAGUUGCAAUGCUCAAAUUAGUGAUUAGAAACUUUUUAAACUUGUACCUUUUCUCUUAAACCUAGCUUAAUUCUGUGCUUUUUAAACUCAAUAUACAUUUUCCUCAUUUUGCUGCGCUGUGGACCAACUAACUUGAACUGACUAUAUUUAGUAGGCUUUUGUGCUCUUCCUGAGCAGGGUAGUGCUUUUGUGUGUGAAUUUUUUUUAUUUUAAAUAAAAUUGUGGCUGAGUGUUGGCUAGUUUGUAAGAAAUCAGUCAGGUCAUGAGAUCCUAUAUGCCCUUUAGAGUAGCAGUCAGUUUGAAGGCUACUGAUUCUUUUCUUCACUGUUCUGUAGCGGAGGGAGAGCACUGAAUGCAGGGGAAGAGACACUCUGCUUUCUAAUUUACUUAUUAAAUAGCAUAUCCCCAAAUUUACAGAGGCACUAAUAAGUUAAGCACAAACAGUUCCUAUAACCUUUCUGUACUGCCAAGUAUCUUUUCUGUAAGACCACCAGGCAUUAACCUGCAGCCCAGUUCCAAGUCCAUUGGAGUCUGCAUGUUUCUUUGCAAUAUCUGCUCACCUUUCUUGGGGUUAACAGGGAACUGAAGCCAUAGGGGCUGUGCAGCCCUUUCUGCUCUGAGCUUGUGACCUCCAACAAGAACUACUUUCCAGAAAUUUCCUAAAGCUCCGUGGCACUGGGGGUAACAUCCUGCAAGUGUGACUAGGGAGCGACAACACUGUGAACCACAGUUACCAUAGUAACGUGGUUCUUUUUUUAUACCUGUUUGCUUUCUCUAUCACCGUGGCAUUAAACCCUUGGGUUAUAGAAAGCUGGCCUGGGACCUAGUUUCUUAGUUCCUAACCAGUCUAGGAACGUGUUUUUAAAAAAUGUUUUAACUAGUAGGCUGGCCAGACUUAGAAAUAGGUUUAGGUGAAACCAUUUUUAACUGCUUUGAAAGGUUGGCUUAUUCACAUGGUGAGGCCAUUCAUGGGAGAGGGAGCAAGGAAGGAGGGUGGUAGACUUUUCACCAUUUUCAGUGGUUUGCUUUGGAUCUAAUGGGCUCAUUUCUCCCCUGUGGUAAAGCUGUUUUUGUACCAUGCCAACUGUGCAAAGCAGUCCUAAAUAGUUUACCCAGCUAAUGGAUGAUUUCCUUUGCUUAGGAGAAGUACUGGUUGGUGCAGAGUCUCCAGAGUGCCUCCUGUACCACUUCUAUCCAGCUCCCAAGGUAGAGAGCAGCCAGGGCCCCCCUGUAUCUAGCUGACCCACAGCUAUUUGAAUAGCCUCUGGGGGGGUAUCAGCAGCUGUCUUAAUUUACAGCAACCCUGAAGCUGGUUUAUGCUGGAUACUGCGACUGGCACACAAAUGACUUUAGGCACAAAAGUGACUUAAAGCCACUAGGCUGACACGGGUUUGCUGUGAGCAUAGCAUGGAGGAUCUGGUCCAGAGUUUAAAAUGCCUAAUUUGAACCAGGAAAUUAGAUAUCCUUAAUAAAGAGCCAUAUUGUGCUAUCAGUUUUUAAGCAGAUCACCAUUAUUGAGUUCAGUAGGAGUUCUGCUUCAAAGUUGCUGCAUUAUGAAUUCAGAGUAAAUUUUUAAUGUAGGAGUUGCCAGAUCCUAGGGAUGUAGUGGUCAAAUUUAUCAUCCUCAAUAGGCCCCAAAUCACUUUUCUCCUACUCAAAACUAUACACUACAAGUCUACACUGUUACAAGGGAAUAAUAGUUCAAUAGCAAUAUUGUAUGUAUACAACAAGCAAAAAUAUACUCAAAGCCUGCCAGACAACUGUACACUGGCUGUGUGAGUUUUAUAGACAGGCCCUCAGAAGGCAGCCAGAAAGAAAUAAAGAUAGGCCAGAGCCCAUUCUGCCUGUUGUUGGUU